AUGGCCUCGUCAGAAGACAAGAAGCGAGAGCUACUCAAAGUCGCCUUCAAGCCAAAGGAAAAGCCCUCCUCACCUCCAGCCGAGUCUUUGAAGUUUGAGGAGCCUGAUGGGCAGCAAAUCGUCACGAUCUUCGACUCGAGCACGGCACCUGCCCCAUUUACCAACUCGAAGCACUAUCAGCAGCUACAGAAACGAAUGGAGCACAAAUCUUGA